AUGCGCCGCCGGCUCAUCAGAGGACUGCACUACCUCAUUCACGGCAAGGAUGCGGUGGGCGGGCCCGAAAUGGGUGCUGCGACAGUCAUGCAUCUUCUUGAAGAGGAGGGGCUGAUGGACCAUUUUCUGGUUGCGAGGAUGGGCCCCGGCAUCGAACAGACGGCCUCAAUGUUUGCGACGGAGAGUAAUGCCAGAAUCGCACGUCUUGCUAUUGAGCAGGAUACGUGGCUAGGAAAGUUGAGUGGGGCGUCAAGACUGUAUGGUCGGGGAGAUGCUAAUUAUUAUCUGGUUGCGGCAGGGCUGCGAGUCCUCCACGGGCUUCCUGAGUGGCGUUAG